AUGAGCAACAACUCCCAGUUUCAGCUCUUCCCACCCCCUCCCCAGGGGGUGCCCAAAAAUCCUUUUAGAAGAGGCCCCAGAAGACCCUCACUCGACACUCUGUCGACCUCUGCAAGCCCUCUCGAGGAUAUUAAGGGCAAGGAAUCUGAGGCAAAGGCCGUGUUAAUACAAGUCGUCGAGCCGCAUAGCAUCAAACCUCCGCCCAAGGCAAACGUUCCUCCCCUGCCACCGCGCUCUGCUACUCCAGAAUUGAGACAGCCCCCCUCGACCGAGUCACUAUAUAGUGCUAGCCCGCAAGUUACGAGAGGAGGAUCAUUUGCUCAUGAAGUCAAUCCGCCAUCAUCAUCUAGCCCGUCAGGACAGAACAAUGAACUGGGGCUCAGGCCUGCGCAGAGCCCUCCUCCGCCCUCUGUCUCUCCGGUCGUCCCCAUCAAGUCGAUGUUUCCCCAGUUCAACCCUAACGCACCUCUCAACCAUGAACAGUACAACAACAGAGUCUCCAACAAUUUCUCACGGCCCCGCCAUAGACCUGCCGGGCUCAGACUUGAUAUAACCCCGGCUCCAGAGAUUGACAGGGUACUUGGCCCGAAUACAGUGCCAGCCGAUGUCCACGAUUUCCCGUUCAGCAUUCUCUCCCCCGUCGAAAUCCAGUAUUCGUCUCCCGAGCAGCUUAGAAUACUCUGGGAUACAACAAAUGGGCAAAGGGCCGACAACCUCUCAAAGGCCUUUACUCUUCGGAUGGAGCGCCUCGACCCUGCUACAUUCAUAUUUGGCGACCCAGCUUCACCAUUCUAUACCAUGCAAACAUACUCUACGAACGAAAUAUCAAUCACAAGAGGAAAUCCCUCCGUUCUCAACAGUAGCAUCCCGAUAAUGAUGUUGCAACUCGAAGACCGGCGCCGCCGCGAGCCUCCAAACGACGGGCUAAUCUCGCAUCUCUUCUCGCGGCUCGCCGCCAUGCUUGCAAUCGACCAGGCAACAGAGCUAUCUCGACAGCAUCAACUGUCUCCACCAGAUGCCGCGGAGGUCGAAACAAACGCCCUUAAGCGCGCAGCUGCGCUAGAGUCAUGCAAGCUUUCGUGGAACGCCGUGAAACAAAUAUACGACCUACGACACCCGUCGUUGAACAAGAACAUCGGCGCCCUACAUAUCAGCGUCUCGACGCCAACAUCCCAAGCACAAGGACGGGUCCAAGCGCCGACGAUUCUCGUUACCGCCCCUCUUCUCAAUAAUUUUAAUGAUGUUGCUGCGGUAGCAUCACCACGUACAUCUACCCUGCCGCUAUCAGGAACCGAAUCAGAUUCAGACGAAACCCUGGCCUCCCUCGACCUAUGCACAAUGACCCUAUCUAUAUCUGCGGCUGCUAUCAAUAAUAACAUCCCUUCUUUAUACGCAAUUGACUCUGUCGUCGCUGCUAUACUCGCCGUAGCAGUUGCGGAUGUUGCUACAAACCCUGUACUUGCAGAUAUGACCUUCUACGAUCCCACGAGAACACAAACGCAGACCCAGAUCCAAUCACCACCAGCUACACAUACGAACAGACCCAAGCUCUUCGCUACACUCGCGGAGCGCGAUGAUAAUGAUAAUGACAACCAUUCCUCAAUUACGCCACCUCUCGCCCUCCCUCCACAGGGUCAAACCCAGAUACAAGCGCCACCGAAAACCAGGAUUCACCACAAAUGGUUCCCAUCCUUCUCAUCCCUCCGCACGAAACUAGCUAUCUCCCGCCACCGAAGAGCCAAAGCCAAAGCCAAAACAAACUCGUCCACCUCUCCCGCCGUUGAAGAGAUCGACCUGGAAAAAUACGGCAUCAACACUUCAUCCUCAUCGCCGAAGAAAAAGAACAAGACCGAGGAGGAAGAGCUGCCGGGCCUUGCGCGAGGCAUUCUCAAGCUUAUGUCUUGGGGCUUCUCGCUCAUAUUCUGGGCAGUCAAGGUGGCGUUGAAGAUUCUGGGAUGGGUGUUGGGCUUUGUCAUUAAGCGAAUUACGGGUGAGAAAGCGUAG